AUGUCGAAAAGAACCACUGCCAAUGCCCCAAAUGGCUCAUCGAAAGACUCAACAGUUGGUGAACCUGCAGUUGACAAGCAAAAGAAGCUUCUCGCUGAAGAUACUGGGCAUUUCUCUAUGAUCAGGAUGCUGCAUCUUGCAGAUUUCAUCACGGAACUCAACGGAUUCUGUGGUGUCAUGUCUGUCUUCUCCUCCAUGCGCUACUGCCUCGGCCCGCCCUCUGCACACGCAAACUUAUGGGCAGCCUUGGCAUUAAUGCCCUUCGGUCUGUUCUUCGACUUCAUGGAUGGGAAGGUCGCGAGAUGGAGGAAGAAGAGCAGCCUCAUGGGCCAGGAGCUUGACUCUCUUGCUGAUUUGGUGCGCUUCACAACAUACACUUGUGCGACCGUUUCGUUUGGUGUCUCGCCAGCUGCAGCUGCCUUUGCCAUUGGACUCCGUACGCCCGUCGAUCACCUCUUCCUUACUUUCUUCGUUCUGUGUGGCCUUACACGCCUGGCGCGCUUCAAUAUCACCGUAGCUAACGUCCCGAAAGACGCAACCGGAAAGAGCAAAUACUUUGAAGGUACUCCCAUCCCUACAUCGCUAUCUAUUGUGGCUUUGAUGUCAUACUGGGUUGGUCAGGGAUGGACUUUGGAUAACUUGCCUUUGGGUACCUGGGCGAGCGGCACUGUCUUUGAAUUUCACCCUAUCGUAGGACUAUUUGUUUUAAGUGGGGUUAUGAUGACGAGCAAGACGAUACAUAUUCCUAAGCCAUAA